AAACACAAACACACACACACUGAACUAUUUUUCUUUAUUACACUAUUUCACUCUGCUUCUUCUGUACUAUACUAUCUUCUUUUGCUUCCAUUCCUUCUUUCAUCUCAUUCCGAACAAUUUUCAGUUACUCUCUAUAAAUAAGUAUAAUAAAAAUUAUUCUUAUUUUCUUUUGCAUUUUAAUUUUAAUUUUUAUUAUUAUCUCCUAAUUCUAAUUUCCGUGCACGUUACGAUUUGUACUUCCCUCUCGUUACCCUAUCUUCUGAUAAUAACGAACGAUCUAUGUUUCUUUGAUCUCUUCUUCGUGCUUCAAUUUUUGUUAAUUCUUCAAGAUCUGAAUUCGGUACUUAGAUUGUGAUGUUUCGCUGUGCUGGAUCGGUUUCAAUUGAAUUUGUUGCGGCUAAUUGAGUAUGCGGCGGUGUUUGAGGUAGUUACAAGGAGGGAGGAGUUCUGCGGCAUUUGCAUUUCAGGCACCGAGGGGUCCUACAAGGAGGAUAAACCUGCUUGUUGAUGCAAAUGUCAAAGUCUCCCUCUCCUGAACAACAGAGAUCCGUUUAUACUGUUUCUCAGCCCAUGGAAUUCGACGACGAAGAAGGAAUGAAUGAUCCAGAAUCUACAAUGGCAACAGUUGCUAAUUUUUUGGAGCAACUGCAUGCCAACACCUCAUCACCACUCGAGAAAGAACUUAUUACAGCACAAUUAUUAGGUGUUGCCAGGAGAAGAAAGGAUGCUAGAGCAUUUAUUGGUUCUCAUGCCCAAGCCAUGCCAUUGUUCAUAAACAUUCUCAGAAAAGGAACUCCUCUUGCAAAAGUUAAUGUAGCUUCCACUCUGAGUAUCCUGUGCAAAGACUUGAGGUUAAAAGUACUUCUUGGUGGUUGUAUCCCACCAUUACUGUCAGUUUUAAAAUAUGAAUCCACUGAUGCCAGGAAGGCAGCAGCAGAAGCAAUAUAUGAAGUUUCCUCUGGUGGUCUUUCAGAUGAUCAUGUUGGUAUGAAAAUUUUUGUUACAGAAGGUGUAGUUCCAACCUUAUGGAAUCAACUACAUCCACAGAACAAGGAAGACAAAGUUGUCGAGGGUUUUAUUACUGGAGCAUUAAGAAAUCUAUGUGGGGACAAAGAUGGCUAUUGGAAAGCAACAUUAGAAGCUGGAGGUGUGGAUAUCAUUGUGGGUCUCUUGUCUUCAGAUAAUUCUGUCUCUCAGUCAAAUGCAGCUUCUUUGUUGGCACGUUUAAUGCUGGCUUUCAGUGAUAGCAUCCCCAAAGUAAUAGACUCUGGAGCAGUCAAAGCUUUGCUUCGACUUGUUGGUCAGGAAAAUGAUAUUUCUGUACGAGCCAGUGCUGCCGAUGCCCUAGAGGCCCUUUCUUCAAAGUCUACCAAGGCUAAAAAAGCUAUUAUUAAUGCGGAUGGUGUUCCUAUCCUUAUCGGAGCUAUUGUUGCUCCUUCUAAAGAGUGUAUGCGAGGUGAUGGUGGUCAGGCCUUACAGGAGCAUGCAACUCGAGCUUUAGCCAACAUCUAUGGGGGCAUGUCUUCUUUAAUACUAUAUCUUGGAGAACUUUCCCAUUCUCCCUGUCUUGCUGCACCAGUUGGUGAUAUAAUUGGUGCUCUUGCUUAUACACUAAUGGUCUUUGUAGAAAACCUUGAUGUUGAUGAGGAACAUUUUGAUGCAACUAAAAUAGAGGAUAAUCUAGUAACUCUUUUGAAGCCUAGAGACAACAAGCUGAUUCAAGAGCGUGUCCUUGAGGCCAUGGCUAGCCUUUAUGGAAACAUCUAUCUCUCGAAGUGGCUCGUUCAAGCAGAUUCAAAGAAGGUUCUCAUUGGACUUAUAACUAUGGCUGCUCCUGAUGUGCAAGAGUGUCUGAUACUUUCAUUGACAAGCUUGUGUUGUGACAGGAUUGGAAUAUGGGAAGCCAUAAAAAAACGAGAAGGUAUCCAAUUGCUGAUAUCAUUGGUGGGAUUAUCCAGUGAGCAGCAUCAAGAGUACUCAGUUCAAUUGCUAGCGAUCUUAACCGACCAGGUUGAUGACAGCAAAUGGGCAAUCACUGCUGCUGGGGGGAUUCCACCAUUGGUGCAGUUGUUGGAGACAGGAUCACAAAAAGCUAGAGAGGAAGCAGCUAAUGUUCUUUGGAGUUUGUGCUGUCACAGUGAAGAUAUUCGUGCCUGUGUUGAAAGUGCUGGGGCAGUACCUGCAUUUUUGUGGCUUCUCAAGAGUGGUGGACCAAAAGGACAAGAAGCUUCUGCUAUGGCACUCACAAAGCUUGUCCGAGUAGCUGACUCUGCCACAAUUAAUCAGCUAUUAGCAUUGCUCCUAGGGGAUUCUACAAGUUCGAAGGCCCAUAUUAUUCGGGUUUUAGGUCAUGUGCUUUCUGUUGCCUCACAAAAGGACCUCCUUCAGAAGGGUUCUGCAGCCAAUAAAGGACUGAGAUCUCUUGUUCAAGUUCUCAAUUUAUCAAAUGAUGAAACCCAAGAAUAUGCAGCUUCAGUCCUUGCUGAUUUGUUUAUCACAAGACAAGACAUUUGUGAUAGUCUUGCAACUGACGAGAUCGUGCAUUCUUGCAUGAAGCUUUUGACUAGCAAAACUCAAGGUGUUGCUACUCAGUCCGCUCGAGCCUUGUGUGCUUUGUCUCGUCCAACCAAGAGCAAAGCUGCAAAUAAGAUGUCUUAUCUUGUAGAGGGUGAUGUUGAGCCACUAAUCAAAUUAGCUAAAACAUCCUCUGUUAAUGCUGCUGAAACUGCUGUUGCUGCAUUGGCCAAUCUUCUCAUUGAUCCUUUUAUUGCUGCUGAAGCUCUAGCUGAAGAUGUUGUUUCAGCUUUAACAAGAGUUCUGGCAGAAGGAACCGUGGAAGGUAAACAAAAUGCAUCACGCGCACUUCAUCAAUUACUGAUGCAUUUUCCAGUAGGUGACGUUCUCAAGGGGAAUGCUCAAUACCGUUUCACUGUGCUUGCACUUGUUGAUUCUUUAAGAGCUAUGGAUAUGGAUGGAAUUGAUGCUGCAGAUACUUUAGGAGCAAUUGCACUGCUAUUCAGGACUAAACCGGGUGUUAACUUCACUUACCCUCCCUGGUUAGCUCUGGCCGAGAUGCCAUCAAGCUUAGAACCUCUCAUUUACUGUUUGGCUGAGGGGCCUUCCCUUGUGCAAGAUAAGGCAAUUGAAAUACUAUCUAGGCUUUGUGGGGAUCAGCCAGCUGUUCUUGGUGAUUUGUUAUUUGCCAGUUCCAGAUCCAUUGUUUCAUUGGCUAAUAGAAUAAUAAACUCCUCCAGUUCAGAAGUUAAAGUUGGGGGAGCUGCCUUACUAAUUUGUGCUGCAAAGGAGAAGAAAGAGCUUUCAAUAGAUUCAAUUGACUCUUCUGGCUGUCUAAAACCACUAAUAUAUUCUUUAGUUGAUAUGAUGAAGCAGAGUUGUAGCUAUUCUUCAUUAGAUAUUGAAGUAUUCACCACUAAAGGUUUUAUGGAGAGGAAUGCAUUUCAAGAAGUUGACGAGUUUGAUAUUCCUGAUCAAGGUGCAGUCUUGGGAGGUACUGUUGCCCUGUGGUUGCUCUCAAUUAUUGCUUCUUUUCAUACGAAGAGCAAGCUCACAAUUUUGGAAGCUGGUGGACUUGAAGUUCUCUAUAACAAACUUGUGAGACAUACUUCAAAUCCUCAGGAAGAAUAUGAGGAUACAGAAGGAAUAUGGAUCAGUGUCUUGUUCUUGGCCAUUUUAUUUCAAGAUCCAAACAUCAUUCUGUCGCCUGCAACAAUGGACAUUAUACCUUCUAUCGCUCUUCUGCUAAGAUCCGAAGAAGUAAUUGAUAAAUAUUUUGCUGCCCAGGCUAUGGCUAGUCUUGUUUGUAAUGGUAAUAGGGGGAUAAAUCUAGCCAUUGCAAAUUCUGGUGCCAUUGCUGGAUUGAUAACUAUUAUUGGAUAUAUUGAAUCAGAUAUGCCAAAUCUCAUGGCUUUAUCAGAAGAAUUCUCUUUGGUGCGGAACCCUGAUCAAGUUGUGUUGGAUCACCUUUUUGAAAUUGAAGAUGUAAGAUUGGGAUCUACUGCACAUAAAUCUAUACCCCUCUUAGUGGACCUCUUAAGACCAAUACCAGAAAGGCCUAAUGCUCCACCAAUUGCUGUUAGACUCUUGAUAUCCAUUGCACAUGGAAGUGAUACAAAUAAAUUAAUUCUGGCAGAGGCUGGCGCUCUGGAAGCUUUGAACAAAUACCUAUCCUUGAGCCCUCAAGAUUCAACUGAGAUUGCUAUUUCAGAGUUAUUGAGAAUAUUAUUCUGUAAUUCCGACCUCAUUAAACAUGAAGCAUCAACAGAUUCAUUGAAUCAGCUCAUAGCUGUUUUGCGUCUUGGAUCAAGAAAUGCUAGAUAUAGUGCAGCAAGAGCACUUCAUGAACUUUUUGAAGCUGAAUAUAUCAGAGAAUCAGAAUUAGCUAAACAGGCCAUUCAGCCACUGGUUGACAUGCUUAACACAACAUCAGGGAGUGAGCAGGAAGCUGCUCUCAUGGCCUUGAUCAAGUUAACAUCAGGAGAUUCGUCAAAAGCAUGCAUUUUUACUGAUCUGGAAGGGAAUCCACUUGAAAGUUUAUACAAAGUAUUGUCUUCUGCUUCAUCUUUGGAACUGAAGAGCCAUGCUGCACAUCUCUGCUUUGCUCUUUUUGGUAAUAGCAAGAUCAGAGCAAACCCUGUUGCCUCAGAAUGCCUAAAACCCCUUAUAUCACUGAUGCAGUCUGGUUCUGGGACAGCAAUAGAAUAUGGGGUUUGUGCUUUUGAUAGAUUGUUGGAAGAUGAACCGCUGGUAGAGCUUGCAGCAGCCUAUAAUGUUGUGGAUCUCCUUGUCGGCUUGGUUUCUGGUACAAACUAUCAGCUUAUUGAAGCUACUAUAUCUGCUCUAAUCAAAUUGGGUAAAGACAGAACUCCUUGCAAACUUGACAUGGUCAAAGCUGGCAUUAUUGAUAAUUGUCUCAAGUUACUCCAAUCAGUACCUAGCUCAUUAUGCUCCACAAUAGCUGAGCUUUUUCGCAUUUUAACUAAUAGUAAUGCAAUUGCUAGAAGUUCAGGUGCUGCUGAAAUUGUAGAACCCCUUUUCCAUGUUUUACUCCGUCGAGAUUUCAACUUAUGGGGACAGCAUAGUUCCUUACAAGCCCUUGUAAAUAUAUUGGAGAAACCACAAAGUCUUGCAACCUUAAAGCUUACUCCUAGCCAAGUCAUUGAACCCUUGAUUUCUUUUCUGGAAUCCCCGUCCCAAGCUAUUCAGCAGCUUGGCACAGAACUGUUGUCUCAUCUUCUUGCACAGGAACACUUUCAGCAAGAUAUUACAACAAAGAAUGCAGUUGUGCCCCUUGUACAGCUUGCAGGAAUUGGAAUUUUAAGCUUACAGCAAACGGCAAUAAAAGCAUUGGAAAAAAUUUCCAAGAGCUGGCCAAAGGCCGUUGCGGAUGCUGGAGGUAUUUUUGAGCUUGCAAAAGUUAUUAUUCAAGAUGACCCUCAACCACCACAUGCACUCUGGGAAUCAACUGCUUUAGUUCUGUCUAAUGUAUUACGUUCCAAUGCUGAUUACUAUUUUAAAGUUCCUGUUUUGGUUCUUGUCAAACUCUUGCACUCAACACUUGAGAGUACAAUUAGCAUAGCACUAAAUGCUUUAAUAGUUCAUGAAAGAAGCGAUGCUUCAAGUGCUGAACAGAUGAUGGAAGCUGGAGCUAUAGAUGCUCUAUUGGACCUUAUAAGAUCUCAUCAAUGUGAAGAAGCAUCUGGUAGUUUACUUGAAACUUUAUUUAACAACGCGAGAGUGCGGGAGACGAAGGUAUCUAAGUAUGCUAUAGCACCUUUAUCCCAAUAUUUAUUAGAUCCACAAACCAGAUCACAGUCCGGCAAGCUUCUUGCUGCUUUAGCUCUGGGAAAUCUUUCCCAGCAUGAACGACUUGCUAGAGCUAGUGACUCUGUUUCUGCAUGUCGUGCAUUGAUAAGUUUACUUGAGGAUCAGCCAACUGAAGAAAUGACGAUGGUGGCUAUAUGUGCGUUACAAAACUUUGUCAUGAACAGCAGGACCAAUAGGCGUGCUGUUGCAGAAGCUGGGGGCAUACUGGUGAUUCAGGAAUUGCUACUGUUUCCAAAUACAGAAGUUUCUGGACAAGCAGCUCUAUUGAUCAGAUUUUUGUUUUCUACCCACACAUUACAAGAAUACGUGUCAAAUGAGCUGAUCAGAUCUUUGACAGCUGCACUGGAAAGAGAGUUGUGGUCGACUGCCACAAUCAAUGAGGAGGUUUUGAAAACAUUGCAUGUGAUAUUCAUGAAUUUUCCUAAGCUUCACAUAUCUGAAGCAGCAACCCUUUGCAUUCCUCAUUUGGUAGGGGCACUUAAAUCUGGCAGUGAAGUGGCUCAAGACUCUGUACUUGACACCUUUUUCUUGCUAAAACAAUCAUGGUCGACCAUGCCAAUAGAUAUAGCAAAAUCUCAAGCCAUGAUUGCCGCUGAAGCCAUCCCCAUCUUGCAGAUGCUCAUGAAAACCUGCCCACCAAGUUUCCAUGAGAGGGCAGAUACUCUUCUGCACUGCUUACCAGGUUGUUUGACUGUCACCAUUAAACGUGGAAACAACCUCAAGCAAACAAUGGGAAGCACUAAUGCAUUCUGCCAGUUGACAAUAGGCAAUAGCCCUCCAAAACAAACCAAGGUAGUGAACCAUAGUACUUCUCCGGAAUGGAAAGAAGGAUUCACAUGGGCAUUUGAUAUACCUCCCAAGGGCCAAAAGCUCCAUAUCGUAUGCAAAAGCAAGAAUACUUUUGGGAAGUCAAGUCUUGGAAGAGUCACCAUCCAGAUUGAUAAAGUUGUAACAGAAGGGGUUUAUAGUGGAUUAUUCAGUCUUAAUCAUGACGGCAACAAAGAUGGUUCUUCCCGAACACUUGAAAUUGAGAUUAUAUGGUCUAACAGAAUUUCUAAUGAUGACAUUUGAAAGGGGCGGUGAGCUACUUUUCCGGCUGGAAGCAUAGAAAGUAAUCUGCAGUAUGCAUGAUAUGUUCAAUAUGGUUUUCUUGUAAUUAUCAACAUGUUUGGAAGAUCCAAUUUUGUAGCCUGGCAGAUAAAGUUGCUUCAUUUGUAAGUGUAAAUUAAAUUAUAAGUGUCUUGGGAAAAGGGUGUGCCAAAGGAGGCUCCCAUGGUAAAAGGGAGAAAUUGGUUAGAAUUGUGUACAGGUCGAUUCAUAGGAAUCAGAAACUUCAAUCAUAGGAAGAAUGCCAUUUUAAUUAAAUUUACGUCAAAAGCUUUUUAUUUUUCAUUAGCUUUCGAUGUAAAGUGGCCUUGUUUUAUGUUUGUAAACCACAUGAUAUGAAAUGAAUAAACAAACUGCCAAUGUCAUUUGCCAAACAUGUUAAAUUUACGUCAACGAGUGAAGUAGAAGACGACAUCAUUGGAGGUUUGUUCA